UUGUGUGGCGCACAAGCAUUCUGCCCUCUCUUGCCAUGGCUAUUGUCAGUGCGAGGCUCUGUUCCUUGCCUCUCUCACUAUCUAUUGUUUCCUCAUCUUCAUCUUCGUAUGAAGAUGCAAAGCCGAACCCAAAUGCAGUGAAGCUACGACAGGACUGGAGGAAACGGUCCAGACCCAUUCCUCCGGGUGGGACCUAUCCGGCUAAGGACCAUUGCAGUCAAUGCGGUUUAUGUGAUACUUAUUAUGUAGCCCAUGUGAAGAAUGCUUGUGCUUUCUUAGGAGAUGGCAUGUCUAAAAUUGAAAGUCAGGAAAAUGUGGUCCAUGGCCGAGGGAGGAAAAAAGAUUCACUAGAUGAGAUGUACUUGGGGGUCUAUGAGGAGCUGUUAUAUGCUCGUAAAACUAAGCCUGUAGAAGGAGCUCAGUGGACAGGGAUAGUAACAACAAUUGCAAUUGAAAUGUUGAAAGCGGGGAUGGUAGAAGCUGUUAUUUGUGUGCAGAGUGAUCCUGAGGAUAGACUUGCUCCAAGACCAGUUUUGGCGAGGACACCGGAGGAAGUUCUAGCGGCUAGAGGUGUUAAGCCAACAUUAUCUCCUAACCUGAAUACACUUGCAUUGGUUGAGGCUGCAGGUGUAAAGCGUCUUCUUUUCUGUGGUGUUGGCUGCCAAGUGCAAGCAUUAAGAUCUGUGGAGCACCAUUUAAAUUUGGAUAAGCUUUAUGUUCUAGGCACCAAUUGCGUGGAUAAUGGAAAACGAGAAGGACUAGAUAAAUUUCUAAAGGCUGCCAGCAGUGAACCGGAAACAGUUCUUCAUUACGAGUUUAUGCAAGAUUAUAAGGUCCAUUUGAAGCAUUUGGAUGGCCAUAUUGAAGAGGUUCCCUAUUUCUGUCUACCAGCAAAUGAGUUAGUUGAUGUCAUCGCCCCAUCUUGCUAUAGCUGCUUCGACUACACAAAUGCAUUAGCGGAUUUGGUGGUUGGAUACAUGGGUGUGCCAAAAUAUUCUGGAAUCGGCAUGACACAGCAUCCACAGUAUGUUACUGUUAGAAAUGAACGUGGAAGAGAAAUGCUGAGUUUGGUGAAAGAUCUUUUGGAGAUUACUCCAACAAUUACUGGUGGUGACCGGCGUCCAUAUGUUAUGGAGACAGUUAAGGCAGACGAUAAUGCUAAGUUUGGAAGGGGUCCUUCUCAGCCUGCACCAAAGUUUGUUGGCAAUUUAAUAGCAUUUUUGCUAAACUUGAUUGGCCCAAAGGGUCUAGAAUUUGCCCGUUAUUCACUGGAUUACCAUACCAUCCGGAACUAUCUCUAUGUAAAUCGUACAUGGGGAAAACAGAGAGCUGAUAGACACAUGCCUUCAUAUGCAAAGAAAAUUGUGGCUACUUACAACCAGAAUGGUGAAAUUGAUCAGAUGCUUUCCAACAGGUGAUUAUAUAAGGUGGAAAAAAUAUGGGAAAUAGCCUGCAUUUCCACAUGAAAUUUUGAAUAUAUAUAUAUAUUAUUUGUUCUUUAGAGAGGCAACUGAAUAUGAUUGCAUAGUGAUAGCAUUCAUUUUCAACAACUAUACACAGAUGUGUGAUCAAUACUUGUAGCAUGUUCAGAUUGUUAAACACACUUGUUUUAAUCAAUAUGUAAUUAAACAAAAACUAUAAAUUUUAUGUCAAAAGUAUUGAUUAUGGAAGAAACCUUUUUUUAUGAAUAGUAUUGGUUUCAAAUACAUCCCGUUCCAAUGUCCAGAUAAUAGUAGAGAUCACAUUGUUGCAACCAUUAGAUCAGGUAGUUCACCCCAUUAAUCAUCGAAUCACCUUGGUCUGAUAGGUCUAUGCCUAAAUUGAAUUAUAUUUUCUUUUCUUUAAUUCCACUAUAAUAUAUGUAGUAUUGUUAAGGGGAUUAAUUACGUUAUUGUUUCAGUUUAGCAACUGAGAAAUUACAUAUGUAGUGAAAAUUAUGAAAUUGUGUACCAUAAUUAUGUAUGUUUUCCUUGAAUAAAACUAAAAAAUAAUAAGUAGAAAUGUUUAAUAGAGAUUCACAAUAGAGUUCACUGUGAAAAAAAAAAAAAAAAAAAAUGGGUGUGUGAGUUUCUUGCCAUGGUGAAAAAUAAAAAUUUUUAAAAAUAAGGAAAAAAAAAAAAAAAAAAAGAAGAAAAAAAAACAUAAGAGAAACAAAAUACAUGCGGGGAGAGAAAAAAGAGGGAUCGUAAAACAGGGUGAAAAUGAGUCAUUACAUAUGAAAUGGACUAAAAAUUUUAAAAACAACAAAAACUGGCUGAAUUUCAUGCUGGUAUGAAGCUCAAUUUCAUUGAUGCAUUUUAAACUAGCUGUGUAUGAAAACUUACGAGUUAUGUGGUUUUUUUUUUGUCAUUGACAAGUUUAGAUAGCAUUUGUAGUAGUUUAUCUACAGGUGCAAGUGUGCAACUGGCUGAUAGAGCUGAUUGCUGGUUACCAUAUUCAGCUUUUCCAGUUUUAGUUGUUUUAACUCGAACCAUUCAAGCUUGGUUCAUGGAGGUUUGGCUGAACUAAAGUAGUCUUGUUUAUUAGCUGGGUCAGACGUUGCCUCCAUCUUAAUCUAGCUUUCAUACCUUUCAGAAAGCAAAUUGCAGUAUAACGUGCUUUAGAAACUACCCUAAUUCUUUUUAAUGUCAUGUUGGCUUUAUAUUAUCAAUCAACUUUUCUUUGUUGAUUUAACUGUUCUAUUUGGGUUGUUUUAGAUGGUCCUAUUAUAGCACAAUAUUUUCAUGUAUUGUGGUGAGCCAAAGAUGGUGUUGAUAAAGUCAGGCUUCUCAGAAAAAUUUAGGAUAAGCUUGAGGUUGAAUUGUUUAAAAUGGAAAUCGUGUCCAAGGAGUCUCACUCGUUCAAAGUACUUUUUUCAUUCAUCAGCCCCUAGUCAAGUUCCCAUACAUAGACAUAAUGCAAUGCUGUGAAUUUUCUAGGAUCGGUUUCUUAUAAACUACCCACAAGUCUACCCUAGCUCCCGUACAAGAAGUGAGCUAUCUCGAGUUGCUCAAUAGGAAUUUGUUUAAUUAAAUUGUCCUAGUGUUAGACCCUUGAAGAAGACCCUUAACCAAGGGCUAGCCUAAGGGAGGUUUUGCUAAGCCUCAGACAGCCAAGCUGGGUACAAGUUAGCUGGCAGUGGCAAAUCCAUUUCCACAUCGUCACAACUCACUAAACGAGUUUUAGUGUAUCUACUCUUUCGUCUAAAUUCAUUAAAUCUAGUGGGUUCUUUUGUUGAGUAGUUGGCAAGGUUUCAUCCAUGCAACAUGGCACAGCUCACUGACUUGGCAAUUUCUAGUAUUCCUAUAUAGUCUUGCAUAAACAUGAUCAAGAGACCAAAUACUUGGAUCAAACUUUUAAAAAAAUAAUAAUGAAUCAAACAGGAGCUAGCACAACUAGAACUUAGGAUGGUUUUAGGGGGUACUUUUAACAUCUUCAUCCUCGCAUUGUUCAAUGGGAAUGCAGAACUAGGAUGUAAAGACAGUUCGACCUCUCGACAUAGAAAACAACUACCCUUGUGUAAUCACAAGAAGAAGGAAUGGGAUUGUUGGUGACAAAAUGAGGAAUGUAGGUGGUGGUCACCCAUGUGUUUCCGCCUCUUUGUGAUGCUGAUAUCUAGUAAAAGGUUGCGCAGUUAAAAAAAAAAAAUCACAGAAGGUUCCAAUGGAAAAAGACAGUGCAACUGUAGUUUUGGACUUCCAUGCUGCAAGUAUCGCAAAAGUCAAAAAACUCAAUCUAGCAUGAAACAAGUUGAAGAAAAAGUAUUGCAUGUUGUAUGCUCCUUGAGUUUUGAGAUUGACCUCACAUUAGUGUAUAUAAUUGAAAGAUUUGUGUGUGGUGGUGAAGAAAUUUUAGAUGGGCCAUUGAGAUAAAGGUUUUAUGCAUGUUCAAAUCAACAGUAUGGAGACUCAUAUGGGUUGUCUUCAAAUCCACUUCUUUUUCUUUAAAUAAUAUUCAUGUUAUAUAUUAUUUAAUGUAAAAUGAAAAAUGAAUUCAUGUUGGAUCCUAGGGGAAAGAAAAUAAAUGACAAAAGUAGGAAGAAAAUUUUGGUCAUUUAAUGUUGAAUGGCAGUGAUAGAAAGUCAGUGGCAUCUUUCUUGUGGGGCAAUUCUUAACAUUUAAAUAGCAGAGAAGUAUUUUGUAGUGGAAAUGCAGAAAAAUCAGGAUGUUUCUAUCAGAUCUCAUUGUAAAUUAUUUGAAAAGCUUUUGGAGUCCGGUCACGAGGUCUGAAUAUUAAGUAUGAAUCAUAGUUCAAAUACUACUUAAUCUAUGUCAUCUCUAUCAAGAUGACAGACCCUAGUACAUCUUUUAAUAAUAAUAAAAAAUAAAAAUAAAAAUAAAAAAGCCAAAUUUAGAGCACUGAAGUCAGAGAUACUGAAUGUCUUUUGCAUGUGGUGUGGUUGGAGUAAUCUGAAAGAAAGGAUGUUGUGUAUAUUGACUUUGAAGAGAGGGUUUGUGGCUGAAAAGAAUUUGGGAGUGCUGACUGACUUGGCAAUAGAAGUUAGUUCAUCCAUUCAAUUUGUUCCCUUGAAUAUAGGAGAUCUAUAUGGUUUUAGACACAUUUGUCAGUGGCCAAAAACUUAUGACCAUGUUAUUUCAUCUUUUUGGUGGACCAAGUUUUAUAGAUGAAAACUGACUCUAACCAACCUUAUUUUGCCAGUAUUUAGAGAAUUUUUUGCUUAGGCAACUGUGAGAAGAUCAAUUUUAUUUUUCUCACUUCUCAUUGUGGGCUCUAUCCAUGUGCAAGGAAACAUGCAGACCUAGAGUCAAUAUGUACUUCUGAAGCAAAACUAGUCAAGACUCCAAUGUCAUUUCACAUUGAAGAGAAUAGAGAUGUUGGAUAUAGUAGAUAAUGGUUCCACCAUAGUUGAAGGCCUUUUGUGGACCAAAUUGUGGAGGUAGUGACCAUCACAAUAAUUAAUGACUAGGUGGACCAGAGAGAGAGAGAGAGAGAGUCAUAUUCAUUUCACUUGGAUUAGAAAAGGAGUCCAUUACAUUUCACAUGGAAACUUUAUUUAAAAUUACAAAAAGUAGAAGGAAAAAAAAAAAAAAAGAAAAAAAAGAAA